AUGGAAAACAAAACAUCGUUUAAUGUUACUCUCUGUUUUAUGUUAGAACUAGAUCUAUCAGAAAAAAGUCGAACCAUAUCGUCAAAUCGCAACCUACUUUUGGCUAUCAGCGUGGUCUCGAGCGUCAUCGACCUCUUCAUUAUCAUCUCUAAUGCGACUCUUGUUGUGGCCCUGAUCAAGUCCAGCAAAGAAAGCGAGGGCAAAGUCUCUAUGACCAGCUCCAAUAUUAGCAAGAGGUCAAGGCUCUUGAUGGCGUCCAUCUCCAUGUGCCAUACGUUCAUCGGCGCCUUCCUCGUCCCGUGCGCCGUCACUCAAAUGAUUCACAACGGUGUCUGGGUGUUGGGGCCGCAGAUGUGCACCGCCAAGAACGUGCUGGAGGCUGUCAUAUCAGCCAGCACUCAGUAUCACGUGAUCUGCAUGGCUCUGGACAUGUACCUAGCCAUAUGCAAGCCACUCGCUUAUCGUAUGCUUACCUCUAGAUCAAGCCACCUUAUGAUUUGGUCAAGCUGGAUUUUACCUCUAGCUAUUUUUGUCAUCCCGAUGCUAUUUGGCUGGCACCAGUUGGGAAAGGAACUCGUGAUCAUGUGUCAGACUGUCUACGGCAUUUGCAGCACUGUCUUCAAUGACUAUGUGCUUCUCUUCAUCGCUUUCUUCUUAUCGAUCCUUCCUUUUGCUGCCCUCAUCACUAUGUAUGCACUGAUCCUGAGAGCCAUUGCCAGAUUUCACGAUAGACUUCCUGGGGACAAGCCACGAAGAAUAGAAAAAAGCACAAACACUGAUCAACAAUCCUCAAUGAGAUUGGAUUCAGAAGUAAGCGAAGGUGUCACAGAUGUUUCAGAAGUUUCAGUCCGUCCCAAGAGGCACACUGCAACAAUUCAAAAUUGCGACCAAAAUGUAAAUGAGAAUGUUCAGAAAUGUAAGACCAAACCUCAACUAAACUCCAUUUCUAUUUUAAAUGAAGACAGUAAAACGCUCGAAAGAAAACGAGCUGAAAAAACAGUAGUUCAAGGAUCUAGUUUUGGCAACUUCAGAAAAAGCUGCAGAAAUGCAAGAGCCUUUCGUUACAUCCUGGGCAUUCUAAGCUGGUGCGCAGCUACCUCGACUAUAUUUAUUGUAUCUAAAAUAAUUCAGGUGUUUCGUCCAGACCUGAUGCCUAAAUGGCUUGGGACGGCCUUGUGGUGGUUGUCGUAUUUGAACUCAGCGGUUAACCCAUUUCUUCUGUGCAGCAACAGGAAUGUCCGACACUGCGUUGAAACUCUGAUUGGUGUAAAAUUAUAUAGGAAUUAA